CGGCCGGCGAGAGCGCCCGGUGCCACUUGGAGCCGGGCUGCGGCGGAGCGCGGGCGGCAGCGGUGGGCAGGAUGUGCUGCUGUCACACCAAGUGUUCCCUGGGUGUCCUGAACUAUGGAAGUUACAACCUGUAAGGAGUAACCCAGGGUUGAGCCAAGCCAGUGUCCUCGUGGUGCUGUGGCAGGCGAUGCCACGUGAGUCCUGGACCCCAUUGUAUGACAUUACACUACCUUGCACAGGGAGAACACCGAGAAACACUGCCCAGAUAGGAGCAGACCUGCUUAGGAGCUGCAAAAAUUGGGGCUGUGCUGCUUCUGCCUGGGGACAAUGACAACUGACGAGGCCACCAAGCCUGAAGGUGAGGUGCAGGCAGCUGCGCUGGCGGAGCGUGGGGAGGACAUCACACCUACCCGUGACCGUGGCGUGCUGAAGAUCAUCAAGAGACCCGGGAAUGAGGAUGAGUUCCCUAUGAUUGGAGACAAGGUGUAUGUGCACUAUAAGGGCAAGCUGUCCAAUGGCAAGAAGUUUGACUCCAGCCGUGACCGCAACGAGCCCUUUAUCUUCAGCCUGGGCAAGGGCCAGGUGAUCAAGGCAUGGGACAUCGGGGUUGCUACCAUGAAGAAGGGUGAGGUCUGCUACUUGCUGUGCAAACCGGAGUACGCCUACGGGGCUGCUGGCAGUGCUCCUAAAAUCCCUUCCAAUGCCACCCUUUUUUUCGAGAUAGAGUUGCUUGAUUUCAAAGGCGAGGACCUGUUUGAGGAUGGAGGGAUCAUCCGGAGGAUCAAGAGGAAAGGAGAAGGCUAUUCCAAUCCCAACGAAGGUGCUACAGUGGAAAUUCACCUGGAAGGGUUCUGUGGUGGAACCCGCUUUGACUGCAAGGAUGUGAAGUUUGUGGUGGGCGAAGGAGAGGACCACGACAUCCCUAUUGGCAUUGACAAAGCGCUGGAGAAGAUGCAGAGGGGAGAGCACUGUGUCCUCUACCUAGGGCCACGGUACGGCUUCGGCGAGGCAGGGAAACCCAAGUACGGUAUUCAGGCGAACGCUGAGCUGGUGUACGAGGUCACGCUGAAAAGCUUUGAGAAGGCCAAAGAGUCAUGGGAGAUGGACACCAAAGAGAAGCUGGAGCAGGCUGCCAUCGUCAAGGAGAAGGGGACAAUGUACUUCAAGGAAGGCAAAUACUUGCAGGCGGUGAUUCAGUAUGGGAAGAUCGUGUCCUGGCUGGAGAUGGAGUAUGGCUUGUCAGAGAAGGAGUCAAAAGCCUCCGAUUCCUUCCUGCUGGCUGCCUUCCUCAACCUGGCCAUGUGCUAUCUGAAGCUGCGCGAGUACACCAAAGCUGUUGAGUGCUGUGAUAAGGCGCUGGGGCUGGACCAGGACAACGAGAAGGGCUUGUACCGGCGGGGUGAGGCCCGGCUGCUGAUGAACGAGUUUGAGCUGGCAAAAUGUGACUUUCAGAAAGUGCUAGAGGUGAACCCACAGAACAAAGCAGCCAGGUCGCAGAUUGCCGUCUGCCAGAAGAAGACAAAGGAGCACAAUGAGCGGGACAGGAGGAUCUACGCCAACAUGUUUGCCAAGUUUGCUGAGAGGGAUGCAAAGGAAGCAGCCAGCAAAACCAGAGUAGAAAAAGAGGCAGCGACAGCAUCAUGUGAUGAAGGCAAAGAGACAGAGGGGCACGUAUGAUGGAGGAGGUGGCAGAAGGACAAGCCUCUUGCCUUCAGCCUGUGCCAAGAACUUUGCCAGGACUCAGGACCUGCUGGUGUUUCCUUGUAAAGUUUGUUCCAGUUUGUGUGAUUGUGGAAGCAAAAGUGCCUCGCAGAGAUCAGACCAGCCCGGUGCUGCUGCCAGCUGCGAGCAGUUGGAUGGUGUGGGACCACCACCAGUGGAACAACCGCCUUCCCAGGGGUGGGGGACAAAGAAAUCAAAGCUGGAACUCCUGGCUUCAGGAGGCUCACCUUGCUCUAUGUCCUCUGGGAGCAGCUGGGAUGUGGAAGCAGUGUGGCAGGAUGCAACCAAGCCUUCCUCAUGCACUGCCUUUCUCCUCUUUCUUCUCACUGUAGGGCUGGGGGAGCUGCAACAGGGUGUCCGGACCCCACUGUGCUCACUGGUUGUGUUCCCUGUUCAUAUUUUUCAACAGAGGUUUCAUGGCCCAUAGGAACAAAAAUAAUUUAAAAAAAAAAAAAAGAAAAGGAGAGAAGCAGUGGUCAGGGAGCAAAGGGGAGGUUCUUGUGGAACCGGUGCUGCACAGUGCCAUCCUCCAGCCAGCCCCGUGAGAAAGGAUGUGGGCACUGCCUGCGGAGAACAGCUUUCAAGUUUUUAUUUUUACUGUCUGGUCUUUGUAAUACCCACUGGAAGCUGGAAAAUAAAGAACUGAAAAAAAAAAAAAAAAAAUUGGUUAAAAUAAAAAAGUGCUUCUCUGCUCCAUCCCAGAGGGGAUGCAGCAGUUUGAGUGUGUCAUGGA